GCGGCGCUCCACCAAAACAAGUUGAGUGCGUGCGCCGACACGAGCUGCGAGCGGUUCAGGAGAAAGUGGAGAAGAGGAAGAAGAAAAAGAAGCUGAAUGGGCCGACAAACAGCAAACUAAAGUUGACGACAGAGACACGGCAGGGGCGUCAGGUCUGCUGUUAGAGGUGGUUGAAGAUGAACCCCGACAGUGGGACCAGGGCGAUGGCCUCUUACCUCACGGGCAACUCCUCCUGUGAGACCCAGAGACUGUCCCCUCCCAGAGGCCCAGGUUGCAGCUGGCUGGUGGUAGUGGCGGCUGUAACGGCCUCUGUGAGUGGCCUGAUGCUGGGCUAUGAAAUGGGCCUGACCUCUGGCGUCCUGCUGCAGCUGCGGGGCCUCCUCUCCCUCUCCUGCCUGGAACAGGAACUGCUGGUCAGCUCCCAACUAUUCGGUGCUCUGCUGAUCUGCCUGGCCGGAGGUCCCAUUCUGGAUCGCUAUGGCCGCCGCUGCUCUUUGCUCCUGAGCGCCACCCUGGUGGUGGGAGGAACCAUCUUGCACAUUGCCAUCACCUCAUUUAUCGCACUCACACUGGGCCGGGUGAUAGUUGGCAUGGGGACGGCGCUGUCAGGGACAGCAGCAUGUCUGUACAUUGCGGAGAUCUCCCCGAGGGAGAGGAGGGGUCUGCUGGUGACGCUGUACGAGCUGAUGUUGGUUGUGGGUGUAAUGUUGGGAUUCAGCUGUAGUUACGCCUUCGCUACUCUGCCUCAUGGCUGGGCGUAUACAUUUGGACUAGUAAUCCCUCCAGCGUUGCUGCAGUUCAGUGUAGUCGUGUUCCUCCCACCCAGUCCACGCUUCCUGGUUGCACAGGGUAAAGUGGAGCAGGCCAGAACAGUCCUGGCCAGAAUGAGAGGUGGCUUUCAGGAACAUGUGGAGGUGGAACUCAGAGAUAUCCAGGGGGCUCUAAAAGAGGAAUCGGAGCAUAGUUUCUUGGAGUUGUUCAGCACCAAGGCCAACUUACGUUCUAGGCUGCUAACAGGUGUGGCCUUAGUGUUCCUCCAGCAAGCCACUGGUCAGCCCAACAUCCUCUCCUACGCCUCGCCUCUUCUCCGCAGUGUCGGCUUCAACAGCGACGCCGCAGCAACCUUGGCCUCAACGGGGUUCGGAGUGGUCAAAGUAGUCGCCACCAUCCCAGCCGUGUUGCUGGUCGACCGCGUGGGACCCAAGAGCUUUUUGUGCGCGGGUGCUGUCGCCAUGGGAAUGUCGCUAGUUGCGCUUGGUGCGCUGACGCUGCAAAGCCACACACACCUCAGCAGCCUGUGUAAAAGUCAAACUACACCAAACCACACACUUACGCUGUGGGGUUUAAACAGGACCACUAUGGACGUUGAUGAGAGUGAAAUUUUUUCAACUCUCCUCCCCAGCCAGUGGAAAAGUGAGGAGGCACUGGGGACCAACAGAGAGGAUGAUGGGACAGGGAAAUUGGGAGGAAGAACGACUAACUUAGAAGUGUCUUCCACAUUGAAGCUGGCAUCACUGAUCAGCCUCCUGGUGUUUGUGGCCGCCUUCUCCAUUAGCCUCGGACCAAUGGUGUAUGUGGUCAUCAGCGAGAUCUUUCCGAUGGGGAUCAGAGGCAGGGCCGUGUCUGUGGUGUCGGCAGUAAACUGGGCGACUAACCUGCUCAUCUCCAUGACCUUCCUCACAGUUACAGAAAAGAUUGGUGUUGCCAAUGUGAUGUUCCUCUAUGCUACCAUGAGCUUUGUUCUACUGGUGUUUGUCAUCCUCUGUAUCCCUGAGACCAAAGGUCGCACACUGGAGGAGAUAUCGAAAGAACUGGCCAAGAAGGAAACAAUUUGAGGUGAGGCUCUGUGGACAGGUUCGGCCUCAGGAGAAUCUGAUCAGCAGCAGCAUGUCCACAGGGAUUCCAGGAAACAUUCUUUUCAGACUCUUUUAACAGACCUGUUUAACAACAGUUCACCUCAGCAGACGGAGAAGCAUCCAGAGGGACAAAAUGUUGGAACUGUUGAAUGUUUGGGCUACAGCUGGUACAGCCCACCCACAUCGGUACAUCCCUGCAGUUCCAGGUGGUUCCUAUGAUCAUAUCACUCAUGCUUGCGAAAGUGCACUAAAAAAAUUGUCAACAAUCAGAAUUAAAUAAGCUGUUAUACAAAUAAUAUAAAAGAUAAUUAUUUAAUUCCUUACUUUCUUUACCUCUUCUUUGUUUAAGAAUCCAGCUCUAAUAACUUACCAGUAAAGGUCCCAUAACGUAGAAAGCAAGAUUUCCAUGUCUUUUUGAUUCUGAAGCAGGUCAAUGUGCCUUACAGAUACUGUGAAAGUGUCAAAUAGCUCAAUCCACGGGAGGAGGUGUAAGGACUCUUAUAAAAUUGUGGUGUCACAACUAUACAAUGGGCGGAGCCUUCUCAGGCCAGUGAGAGCUGGCCAAUCAGAGCAGACUGGGCUUUUCAGCAGGGAAGCCUUAAAGAGACGGACACUAAAAUGGAGCGUCCAAACAGAGGGACAAUGGAAGUGGCACAGUGAUGGACAGUAUGAAAAAUAAUAGGUUUUAUUUGAACGUGAAUACAUUAACGUGUUGUAUGUUUUGAAUGUGAAAAUGAGAACCUUUGACUCUCAUAAAUAAUGGACUUUUCAUCAACCAUAGGCUUGACAAAAAGUGCUGAAACUGUACAACAGAUUUUUAUUCUGACCUGGUGUUGUUAUGAACAUUUACAAAAGAUUGUCUCUUAUAUCAAAGUGGGGAAAUCAAAAGAAGAAAAAAAAUCCGACACUAAUCACCUCAUGUCUGUACAUGCAAUUUUUUGGGUCUUGCUAAGACGUUAUUUCUAUGCUGCUCCCUGUCAUAUGUCAUGUAAUAACACUAAAAUGGCUCAACCAGUUAUACAGAGGCAGACUGUAAUCUUGCAUUGUGACAGAAAAGUUGAUGGUCACAGUAGGAAGAGCCUAGAGUCAUCUCCUCUGCACGUUAUGGGGACAAGCAAUAAAGAAAAUGAAAUGAUCAGCAUGCUCAUUCCCCCUUUACACUGCUGAAUCCUCAAAAACAAGCAUCAAGAGCAAAAAUCUUUUUUUUCCCAGUGAUGCCAAAAUUGUACCUAGUUCAUUAACAUGUUGAAUAUUUUACUGCAAGACAGAA